UUAAACCAAAAGGGAAAGGAGGAAGAGGGGAAGCCCUGAAGAAUGAUUUAGUGGUUGCCCAGCCUCCUCUCCAAGGAGAGGUGUCCGCUGAGCGGCUCUCCCCGUCCCCGACACUGGCCCCUUUAAGAAGCCAAGUCACUCCUGAUGCUGCUGUUUGUAUUGCUAAUCCCCUGGAGCCCCGUUUAAAAAAAAAAAAAGGAAGAAAAAAGGGGAGGUGGGGGGACCGGGCAGCUGUCUCUUUAAAUGUGAUUUCCUUCUAUUGUAUUUGAAUCGUGAUCAGGAAAAAGGAAAUGAAACCAGAGACAGAGGGAAGCUGAACGAAAAUAGACCUUCCCGAGAGAGGAGGAAGCCCGGGGAGAGACCCACGGUCCCCUCCCCGCCCCCAGGCCGCCGCCCCCUCUCUGCCCUCGGCGGCGAGCAGCGCGCCGCGACCCGGGCCGAAGGUGCGAGGGGCUCAGGGCGGCCGGGCGGGCGCGCACCAUCCCCGAGGGCGGCGCGGAGCCGGCGACAGCGCGCGAGAGGGACCGGGCGGCGGCGGCGGCGGCGGCGGGACCGGGAUGGAAGGGAGCGCGGUGACUGUCCUUGAGCGCGGAGGGGCGAGCUCGCCGCCGGAGCGCCGGAGCAAGCGGAGGCGCAGGAGCGGCGGCGGCGGCGCCCGAGCACCCGAGGGGGUCCGAGCCCCGGCAGCCGGCCAGCCCCGCGCCACAAAGGGAGCGCCCCCGCCGCCCGGCACCCCGCCUCCCUCCCCAAUGUCCUCGGCCAUCGAAAGGAAGAGCCUGGACCCUUCAGAGGAACCAGUGGACGAGGUGCUGCAGAUCCCCCCGUCCCUGCUGACAUGCGGCGGCUGCCAGCAGAACAUCGGGGACCGCUACUUCCUGAAGGCCAUCGACCAGUACUGGCACGAGGACUGCCUGAGCUGCGAUCUCUGUGGCUGCCGGCUGGGCGAGGUGGGGCGGCGCCUCUACUACAAACUGGGCCGGAAGCUUUGCCGGAGAGACUAUCUCAGGCUUUUUGGGCAAGACGGUCUCUGCGCAUCCUGUGACAAGCGGAUUCGUGCCUAUGAGAUGACAAUGCGGGUGAAAGACAAAGUGUAUCACCUGGAAUGUUUCAAAUGCGCCGCCUGUCAGAAGCAUUUCUGUGUAGGUGACAGAUACCUCCUCAUCAACUCCGACAUAGUGUGCGAACAGGACAUCUACGAGUGGACUAAGAUCAAUGGGAUGAUAUAGGCCCGAGUCCCCGGGCAUCUUUGGGGAGGUGUUCACUGACGACGCCGUCUCCAUGGCAUCUUCAUCUUCACUCUUAGGCACUUUGGGGGUUUGAGGGUUGGGUAAGGGAUUUCUUAGGGGAUGGUAGAUCUUUGUUGGGUACCAAGACAUAGCAUCCAAGUGGCAUAAUUCAAGGGCUGACCCUUCAAGGUGACAGAAGGACCAGCCCUUAAGGGAGAACUUACGGCCACAGCCCAUCCAUAGUAACUGACAUGAUUAGCAGAAGAAAGGAACAUUUAGGGGCAAGCAGGCUCUGUGCUAUCAUGAUGGAAUUUCAUAUCUACAGAUAGUUGUUGUGUGCAGACUUGUUGUGACUUUGACGCUUGCAAACUAGAGAUGUGCAAUUGAUUUCUUUUCUUCCUGGCUUUUGUAACUCCCCUGUUUCAAUCAUUGUCCUCCACACAAGGGAAGGACAGAAAGGAGAGUGGCCGUUCUUUUUUUCUUGGCCCCCUUCCCAAGGCCUUAAGCUUUGGACCCAAGGAAAACUGCAUGCAGACACAUUUCAGUUGAGAAUGGAAACCACAACUUUUAACCAAAACAAUUAUUUAAAGCAAUGCUGAUGAAUCACUGUUUUUAGACACCUUCAUUUUGAGGUGAGGAGUUCCACAGAUUGUUUCUAUACAAACAUAAAUCUUAAAAAAAAAGUUGUUCAACUAUUUUAUUAUCCUAGAUUAUAUCAAAGUAUUUGUCGUGUGUAGAAAAAAAAAAACAGCUCUGCAGGCUUAAUAAAAAUGACAGACUGAAA